UUGUGCGCGUCCGUGCGCGUGUGCCCACAGGUACAGGGGCACAGCGAGGUCACACUGAGCUGCUUCAUUGGACGGAGGUGGUGAAGGUUUGUUUUUAAAAAGGUCUGAUCCUCAGAUCUCGACCUCAGAGACAAGAGGACGACUUCAGGACAUGAGGGACACUUCAAACAGCUCAGGCAUGGAUGACUUUGACGACGGCUUUUUGAACGACUCAUUCUGGAACAUCAGUAACAGCUCGAGUUACUACCCGUCCUCUGAUUGGUGUGAGGCUGGCGAGGAGGAGUUCACCAUCAAAAUGUUCCAGACCUGCGUCUUCUGCCUCAUCUUCCUGCUGGGCAUGCUGGGAAACUGCCUGGUCAUCGCCACCUUCGCCCUCUACCGCCGCCUCCGGCUUCGCUCCAUGACGGACGUGUUCCUGUUCCACCUGGCGCUGGCUGACCUCCUCCUGCUCCUCACGCUCCCUCUGCAGGCGGUCGACACUCACCUCGGGUGGAUCUUCUCCGUCCCCCUCUGCAAGGCCACGCGAGCCUCCUACGCCGUCAACACCUACAGCGGCCUGCUGCUGCUGGCCUGCAUCAGCGUCGACCGCUACCUGGUGGUGGCUCGGGCGCAGGAGAUGCUCAGGCUGCGCAGUCAGAUUCUGAGAGGAGGGAAGAUGGCGGCUCUGGGUGUGUGGGUAGUUGCCGUUCUCCUCAGUCUACCUGAGAUCCUCUUCUCCGGGGUGUCGGAGCUCGGCAUCGACGACUCGGUGCAAUAUUACUGUGGCGUGCUAAAGAGCGGAAAGGUCAAGAUGGCCACCAACGGAGCCAUCAUCGCCGUCUUCUGCGUGUCCCUAUUCGUUAUGGUGACGUGCUACUCUCUGAUUGCUCGAGUGCUGUGGGAAGGGAACCGCCAUCGUCGAGGGAAGCGGUGGCACCGGCAGCGCACCCUGAAGCUGAUGGUGGCGCUGGUGCUGUUGUUCCUGCUCUUCCAGCUGCCCUACACCGUGGUGCUGUCCCGUAAGAUAGCGGGGCAGUUCUGCGGCCUUCUGUUGGAGUACGUCACCUGCACUUUGGCGUACGCCCGCUGCUGCCUCAACCCCGUCCUGUACGCCCUGGUGGGCGUUCGCUUCCGCAGCGACGUGCUGAGGCUCGUCCGUGAUUCAGGAUGUCUACGUGGCCUCUACGUGGUCUCACAGGCGGUGACCUCCAGCUUGCCCUCGUCGACGGCUCUCACCGUGCCCUCAGUUUCCUCCCCGACGCAGCAUGAACGCAGCUUCUCCAGCAACGAGAUUCCCUCCAAGUUCCAGUUCCCAUGAAACAAAUGAUAUCCAGCGACGGGGACGAUGCAGCUGACGUCCACGCUGCACUGGUCACAUGUUCACCUGCAGAAAACAUGAAGCACAGUUACAGAGGCAACGAGCAGGAGGAUGAAAACCAACCAUCAUCGCUCUGGUGAUUCAGAUGAUUCCAACCGAGAACUGAAACUGUAUUCUCAUACUGUAGGUGGCAGAAGUGAGUCAUGCUUCAUAUUCAGGAGACGUUUGAUCAUCAAAUUCUGUGUGUGUGUGUGUGUGUGUGUGUGUUUCAUCAUCAUCUUUCUCAACCCAAACUUUGACCUGAAUGAAUUAAAUGAUCAAAUUUAAAUUAGAACGUAAUGAGGAUGCAGGUUACACACACACACACACACACACACACACACACACACACACACACACACGCAUUAAGUUUUGUUAU